UAUAAAUAGCCGAAUCCAGUAAUCUGCACCGGUGAACGUUUGUGUUGAUCCGUCAGUUAGAUUUCUAAUUCUUUUCUUUCUUUUUUUUAGAUCAGGCUGUUUGAAAGUGCCAUCAACUUUUGGAACCCCAGAAUGGCCAGUGGUACCUCUGAUGUCUGGUUGUCUUCUCUUGUUCUCCUCACCUCCAUCGUACUUCUGCGGGGCGCCUCAACAGAUGACAAGGACUGGAUGUACAACAUGAUGACGUCACUGAACAAACAGAGGCCUGAGGCACCCAGGGACCAGUACAGUCCACUCUGGGACUACGUCAUCCUGGGGGAGGAGCCAACCCGUAACACGCUCGUUGAAGACGCACUUAAGCGUCUGUUUCCAGCCACUGGCCAACCAGGAACUGACAGGAAAACUACAACAAAAAGAUUUGGUUUUGGUGGACUUAUAUGCUGCAAUCACCCGCCUACGAGACCACCCCAAGUGAAACAGACAAAACGUUUUGACCCUGAUAGAGCAAUAGAUAUGACGAGACUAAAGAGCAUGAUCUUGUCCACCAUCCUGAGAUCUUUUAUUGAAGAAGAAUCCAACGGGAACCUAGAACCAAGGGAGUCUGAGGCCAUAAUCAGUUCGGGCCAAGAAAGUGGCGACCCAAACCUUCACGAAGAGAAGCCACUCUGGGAGGAGCCGGCAGAUACCAAGGACUCGGCCAUGAACAGGCGCGGGGUCAAAAUUGUCAGAGGUGGCAUAUCUGACGCCAAUACUGGUUGAUAAAACAUUACAGCAGGGCCCCAACAGGUUGGAGAAACUGGUGGACAUUGGUCAGCAGAUGUUAACAAACUCUGACCCACACUCCAAGUGAAACAGCACACAAACACACACACAGGAUUAGUUGAAAUAAAAUUUCUCCAAUAGCCU